UUUACUUCCUUCGUGCUUCCUUUCCGUCAUUCGCUCCGCUCUUUCAAUUUUACAGAAAAUGGCUACCGAAGAGUUGGUGACUGAGCAAUUUCAAUUUUUAGGAAUAGAUGUACAGAAAGAAGUAUUAACAAAAUGUGUAAGUUUGUGUGAAGAAUAUAACGUAGACGCUGAAACUUUUAUUGAGCAAUGGAUGGCGUUCAGUUUAACUCACUUAAAUGGGUGUCCGCCUACUUUGGAGAACUUGAAAUUACUUGAGAAAAAGGAAUUUUCCAAAGCAACAAGUAGGCCCAACGCUGUCGCUAAUGAUGCGGCAAGUACCGGCUCAAGUUUGACGGUUUAUGGGGCGCAAGUUUCUACUCAGCCAGAUAACGAAGUGCUCUCGGAUUAUAUGACGACAACUCCAAAGAGAGUAAAGAUAGAAACAGAAGUGGUAACAACCCAAGAGUUACAACCAGCUACAUACUCACCUGUUGUCGGCAAUUCGGCUAAAUACGCAUCGAGGACAAACCCGGGAACAGUUGUCCAUUCAUUUGGUGAAGAUAAGCUCCUACAAACGCUCGCGAAAUCAAACGGACCUAAUGAUCUAUUGGACCUCUGUAUUACUCAAGUGCCUAACGAAGAUGGUGACAUUUAUACAAAAGCUAUGUUUGGUUUCGAGCUGUUACAUGAAAAAGCAUCUACAUUUGAUAACCAUAUCCAAUAUGUCUCACAAUGUAUCCUGAAGAAAGCCAACCUCACAGAAACUACCUCAGUGAGACAUAAAUCACAGACAGAAGUGUUAGUAGCGGGGCGUAUAGAAUGCGACGCGGAUGCCAGACUGAACGCCAAGAGUGUCAUACUGCAAGGCACGUGGCAGGACUCCCUCAGCCAAGCUGUUACUGUUGAUAUGGACAAUUUGAAGCAAUAUUCGCUGUUCCCCGGCCAAGUGGUGGUGAUGCGCGGCAUCAACCCGCGCGGCGACAGGUUCCUGCCCAACCAGGUGUACUGCGACGCCGCUCACCACAAAACCGAUAUCAAUACUUUAAAAGGUCCAUUAUCAAUGUUAGUGGUGGCUGGACCAUAUACUACAUCAGAUAAUAUGAGUUAUGAGCCUUUAAAGAAUUUUAUAACAUACGUGAGUAACCACAGACCACAUCUGGUGAUAAUGACGGGGCCAUUCAUGGACUGUGAUCACACAAAAGUGAAGGACAACACAAUGGCUGAAACAUAUAAGAGUUUCUUUGACAAAUUAAUGGAUAGUUUAGGAGAAUUGACGACAACAAGCCCAUUGACAAAAGUAUACAUAGUGUCGAGCUCCAGGGACGUGUUUCACGUGAACAUGUACCCCACGCCGCCGUACUGCGCCCGCAAGCGACACGCCAACGUACACUUCCUGCCCGACCCCUGCACACUCAACGUCGGCGGUCUCCUCGUCGGCGUCACCAGCACUGAUGUACUAAUGCACAUCAGCCAAGAGGAAAUAUCAUUUGGUAUGGGUGGGGACAAGCUCGCUCGUUUAGCAAAUCACGUGCUGAGUCAGCAGUCGUACUACCCACUGUGUCCGGCGCCGGCCGCGCUCUGCCUCGACGCGGCGCUGUGGGCGGCGCACGCGCAGCUGCCCGCGGCGCCGCACAUACUGCUGCUGCCAUCUAACUUCAGAUAUUUCAUUAAGGAUGUGAAUGGCUGCGUGGUUGUGAACCCUGAACAUCUGACAAAAGGCACCGGCGGCGGCACAUUCUCAAGAAUUCUUGUCACCGACAGCGGAGAUUUCCCGAAAAACAUCGCCGCACAAAUUGUACGAAUUUAAGGAAAUAAAUAACACUUUUUUAAAAA